GGCCGGGCGCCGCGGGGCCGAGCGGAGCGGGAGGAGCGGGAGCGGCGCGCAGGAUGGCUGCAGCUCCUCCAAGUUACUGUUUUGUAGCUUUCCCCCCGUGUUCUAAGGAUGGGCUGGUGGUAUUUGGAAAGAAUUCUGCACGGCCUAGGGAUGAAGUACAGGAGGUGGUCUACUUUGCUGCUGCAGAGCAUGAGCCAGGAAGCAAAGUUGAGUGCACGUAUAUCGAGAUUGAGCAGGCGCCGAAGACUCACGCUGUGGUGCUGAGCAGGCCCUCCUGGCUUUGGGGGGCAGAAAUGGGAGCUAACGAGCACGGAGUGUGCGUAGCUAACGAAGCUGUUGUGACCAGAGAGCCAGCUUCUGAGUCUGAAGCCUUGCUUGGCAUGGAUCUUGUCAGACUUGGCCUAGAAAGAGGUGCAACAGCUAAAGAAGCAUUGGAUGUAAUAGUUGCUCUGUUGGAAGAGCAUGGACAAGGUGGAAAUUAUUAUGAAGAUGGGAGUUCAUGCCAUACUUUCCAAAGCGCAUUUCUGAUUGUGGACAGAAAUGAAGCCUGGAUACUGGAGACUUCUGGAAAGUAUUGGGCAGCUGAAAAAAUUACAGAGGGAGUGAAAUGCAUUUGCAAUCAGCUUUCAUUAACUACAAAAAUUGAUGCUGAGCAUCCUGAACUAAGGAAUUACGUGAAAAGUCAAGGCUGGUGGAACGGAGACUCAGACUUCAAUUUUUCUGAAGUGUUUUCUCUUGCUGAUGACCAUUUAGCCUGUUGUUCUGGCAGGGAGAGCCUAGAAAAGCAAGGUGGUGAUGUUUCUGCACAAGCUAUGAUUGAUGUCCUGCGAGACAAGGAUAGUGGUGUCUGUGUGGACUCUGAAUCUUUCCUUACUACAGCUAGCAUAGUGUCUGUUCUGCCUCAGGACCCUAGUUUUCCCUGUAUUCAUUACUUCACUGGCACGCCAGACCCUUCAAGAUCCAUAUUUAAACCCUUUAUUUUUGUCGACGAUGUAAAAUUAGUACCAAAAGUGCAGUCUCCUUCUUUUGGCAAUGAUGAUCCUGCUAAAAAGAUACCUCGAUUCCAGGAGAAACCUGAUCGUAGGCAUGAGUUGUACAAGGCACAUGAGUGGGCCCGAUCUCUCCUGGAGAAUGAUCAGGAUAAAGGCCAGAAACUGAUGAGGAUUAUGUUAGACCUCGAAAAACAAGGUUUAGAAGCAAUGGAAGAUAUCCUUUCUCGUACAGAGAUUCUGGAUCCAGCUGAAGUAGUGGAUCUUUUCUAUGACUGUGUUGACACAGAACUAAAGUUCUUCAAAUAAAAGUUGAAAUGGUAGAGUUGAGAUCACAGUUUGAGACGGGCAGGAAGGCUGGUGAAUCAUGGAAUCAUUUAUAUUGGAAAACAACUCUUGAGAUCAUCUAAUCUAACCGUUAACCCACCACUAAAGCGUGUCCCUGAGUGCCACAUCUACAAGUCUUUUAAAUACCUGUAGUAUUAAAUGGAGACUUCACUACUUCCCUGAGGAGCCUGUCCAAUGCCUGACCACCCUUUUGGUGAAGAUAUUUUCCCCUAAUAUCGAAUCUAAACCUCCCCUGGCACACUUGAGGGCAUUUCCUCUUGUCCUGUGCCUUGUUAUUUGAAAGAAGUGACUGACCCCCACAUUGGUACAGUAUGCUUUCAGUUUACAGAGAGUGGUGAGGUCCCCUCUGAACCUUCUCAGGCCAGGAUGAUGUUGGCCUUCUUGACCACCUGAGCACACACUGGCCCUUGUUCAGCAUGUUCAGCCACUGUCAGCCAGCACACCCAGGUCCUUUAGUGGCAGGUGGAUUUCCAGCCACUGUGCCUCCAGCGGUGCCUGGGUUGUAACCCAGGUCUAGGAACCCACAAAAGCUGUAAAAAGGGGAAUCAAAGAGCAGCUGGGAUUGAAAGAGAUGGCCACAGAUCAUCUGGUCCAACACUCCUGGCCAAGCAGGAUCACAUAGUGCCAGUUGCUGGGGACAAAGUCCAGAUGGCUUUUGAGUAUCUUUAGUUUUUGAGUAUCUUUAAGGAGUGAGACUCUACAAGGUCCCUGGGCAACCUGUUCCAAGGCUCAGUCACCCCACACAGCCAAAAAGUAGUUCCUGAAGUUCUGACAGUGCCUCCUGUGUUGCAGUUGCCUAUUUCCUCUGGUCCUGUCACUCAACAUCAUUGAAAAGAGUCUGGCUCCAUCUUUAUACCCUCCCUUCAAAUAUUUAUAUACAUUGGAGAGAUCCCCUCUGAGCCUUCUCUUUUCUAGGCUGAUCAGUCCCAGCUCUCUCAGCCUUUCCUGUCCCUUCAUCACCUUUGUGACCCUUUAUAGGACUCUCUUCAGUAUGGCCAUAUCUUCCUCGCACUGGGGAGCCCAGAAUUUGGACACAGCACAUGUGGCCACACACCAGGUGUGGCCUCACUAGUGCUGAGCAGAGGGGAAGAAUCACCUUCCUGACCUGGCGCCACUCCUCCCAAUGCAGUGACUGUACAAGAAUAAGGGUAAUUCUUGCUAGAUCUGAACAUCUGUGAUCCAAAGACCUUACCCAAGGUCUGAAUAUUAAAAGCAGUAGUUGAAGUCUUGUCUGCUGCUAGGUUGUUACUUUUCCCAAACAACUCUAUUUGAGACAACAACCACUUUGGGGGCUGAAUGUUCCAUGUGGUGUGUUUUGGACAAUGAACCAUCACUGCUGGCAAACAGUAGUAGCUGUAGUUGCCUGUUCAAAAUGUAGGGUUUGGACCCCUCAUCCAAAGGCCUUGUAAUUGCUGGGUAAAAGUAAUCUAUCACAGAAAGGUAAAUAUCCACUUUGGCAGCAGGAAAAGGCAGGACGUGUCCUUACAUACACUCAUCACGGCACGUGUAUUCACACACGCCAUUUCUUUUUCUUGCUUACAACAGAGCAACUUCUUUUUCCUCCGCUUUGGAAAGGUUCUGUCAUCUUUGUCAAGUCCAUGACCACCCUCCCCAGCUGGGCUUCUUCAGACACUAUCCUAUAAGGAUAUGUAAUCUUUAGGAGGUAGGCUGAUCAGCAGCCACAGCUCCUUGGCAUCUCCUCUUCAUGCUUCAUGAGAAAAGGAUUGUGGCCCCAUCUCUUCAGGAAAGUGUCAUCCUGCUGCAAUCUGAGGCCAGGUAGAAUGAAAGAAGUGAAGAAACAUAAAAAACAGACUAAAGAUAGCACAUUAGUUUGGAAGUUCAUUGAAAAAAUGUCUGAAUAAUAACUGGAGAAUUUCCAAAAAUUAUGAUGGAAGGGGAAAAAAGAACUACAGGCACGUAGCACGAAACAUUCUGAGGUAACAUUGUCAGCACAGUAAGAAUGAGAAUUGUUUCAACACUACAAAGAAUUUAAAUUUUAUGCCGCUUUGCUUAAAAAAUAUUCACCUAUAUACAGUAAUUUAAAAGCCUGUACUAACAUUUCUGUAGUAUGUAGGCCUGUUCAAAAGGUAUCACUUAUAUUGUUUCACAGUUUAUAGAAAUGUUAAUAUUGCAGUACUUCUGACUCAAGUACAAUAUAUCACUGCAACAGGGACCCCUUCUGUUUUAUAUGUUAUCUUGAUCUUCCUUUUAAUACUAGUCCAGAGAGCAUCAGAAGACUCUUCUCAUCUCACGUGUGUUCUUAAUGGAGGAUUUUUAGAGGGAUCUGUAAAUAGAUAGGACAGAUUUUAAAUAGGUAUUUUGGAUGCAGUUAUAUAGCAGGGAUGCUGCAUUUAUCUGCUACCCCUGAUAUAUACAUACAUACAUUCACAUACGUGUGUGUGUAUAUAUAUAUUUACAUACACACACAUAUUGCUUGUGCUCUGCAGCCCUUCAGUAAAAAGUCAGAAUAUACAGCAGACAUUUUAGCCUGACUGAGGCUGCUAUGAAAAGUCAUGCAAAAUACCUUAGCAUGGAGACAGAACAAAAGGUUAAUUAAAGUUGGAGAUCUAAUAAUACAGAAAACUUGGUUUUACAAAAAGCAGAGUAUGAGCAUGAGAUCUUUUGGCACUUUCAACUACCCAUUUUCAAAACUGGAUAGGUGAACUGCUCUUAAAACAGUGACCUGAUUCUAAGUUAAGAAGGGAGAAAAAGAAAUAAAGCAAGGUUCAGCCAUUUAUCACUUUUCUGACAAAAUUCAGAUACUAAAUCUCUUUGUUAUUCAGGUGUGUAAACACCAUGCAUAGGAUUUAAAUCAAAAUACAUAAUGGAAGACAUGGAUCAAGUCAUUUUUCUCUGUGAUUUCACAAGUUAGUGAACAAAAAUAUCAAACUCAGUAGCUGCCCAAGUCUGUUUUACAACAUGACUGUUUUUAACAUCACAGGCUUUGCAAAUUUAGCAAUCUAAAAACACAGGCUACAUAUCCAGCCACAUUAUUUGUUUUUAACUGAGAUUCUAAAGUAACUAAGUGCUUUUCAUUAUAUCUUUGUUCCCUAUUGCCACUGUGACAAAUCCCAUUCCUCUGUGGGCCUGUGCUAGCGGUCCAGUUAUGCCAAUGCUGGUUCACUUCUUUAUUUGCUUUAUAAAGUCCCCAUUUUUAAAGCUCUUGAUAAUGAUCAGAUCUUUUCAUGCUUACACACUUACCUCUGGCUAUCUUGCUGGGAUAUGUUCUCUGAAAUGGUUUGAAUUCAUCAGGUGGGGGGAAAUCUUCCACAGAAUGGAAAGUAAAUUUUGAUUCAAAGUCAUCUGGGAAGUUUCAGGGAAAUAAACUUUAGUUGCUGCUAGAGAGAAAGUCAAAAAAACCCAAAAAACCAAACCCAAACAAAAAAAACAACAAAAACCCAAACAAACAAAACCCCCAACCCCAACAAUGUUGCCGCAAGUAAUUGCAAUUAAAAAUGCUGGCUUAUUUUCCCCUGGAAUUGAUAUAAAGCACCUUGAUGAGUACUUCUGUGAGCCAUCCAAGUUUUUUGUCUAAAUUACAAUCUCUGCCUGCUAUUAAAACUGAAGUUAAGCUUCUGGCUGCUGUUCCAGUUUUCUGCAUUGAUGGUAUUGUGGUAAUAGAUGUAUUCCUUGGUAGUUUUCAAGACAUGUAGCUGUAAACAAAAAUGAAUGGCUAAUUUGUCAGACCACAAAAAUAGUGGUCUUUGCCCGACAGGAGUGAAGCCUCUAAAUGUCCAUGAUCUGGUUUAAAGAAUGAUAAUAUAAGCACACUAUGGGAACUUUUAAUAUUUUUAAGUAACUUCGCAGGUAGUGCAUGAUUUCCUUUUCUACUGACUGAAUUCAAAUCCUUUGUGAAAAAGCCUUUAUUUUCUAUUAUUGUAUAAGGUUGUACAAAAAUGUUUCUAUUAGUUUCUGUUACUGCUAGGACAAAGUCUUGAGUGAGCUUUUGGGGUCUGAGACACACACAGGCUUUUGUACUAAAAUUAUUAACUAAGGCAAAGAGAUUUAAUUUAAUGCUAUUACCAAUGAUGUGCAUAUUUCCAUUUUUAAGUGGUGUGUAGGGAUCAUGAGCUGUAGCCCAGGCUGAGACUCCAGACUUGCUUGUAAGUUCAGUUGUUGGGGAUCUCGCUGGUGGCUGUGGAGGUGUGACCAGCUUCCCAGCACCCGGUCCUUUAAAAAAAAACAAACAGGAGACCAGCAUAUAAACAUCAUCAUGACUUAAACCCAACAGUAAAUGACACACAAAAGUGGAGGAGGUGUAGAAAGAAUGUAGUAUUUGGGGCAAACAUACCCAUAGCCAAGCCUGACCACAGAUUUGUAGCAUUAAGUAUUAAAUUCAAGUCACUAUUGGAAAUGGCUGGGGCUUUCCAUUUCCAGUUCUAAGGAAAGCAUGACAUUCGGAAGUGUGGUUUUGUCCCGGUCUGGAAGGGAUGAUUAUCCUUCCAUUUUCACAAGAACAAGCAGUCUCUUUAAGCAAAGGAAAUCAACAAAACAACCACACUAGGUGGUAUGUCUAAAAGAAAAUUUCCUGCCACUUUGGCAGCUAUGCAAUGAAAUUACCAUUAGUCUUGUGCAUUUCACUGAGGAGUUGCAAGAGCCAUCGAAGUUUACAUCUGGAAGACCUACCACAGGAGCCGUGUGAGGGGGAGGGAGCCCAAGGCCUCCAAGUUAGCAGCCUCUCAAAACUGCUUAUCCUUCUACAUAACAAGGGACAGGCAGGGUAAUUUUAUGGAAAAUGUACAGACUGAACUACCAUGAGAAAUGGGCACCUUGACAUAGAAACAUCUCACCAGAGUUCUAAGCAGCACUAAUCACCACCGCAAUGCACCUGAUCUGCUGUACUUACAUGGCCUUUCCCCUGGCUCUCAAAGGGAACCAGUAAUCUUUCUCCUGACAUGCGGCUGCUAAAAUACAGGGUACAGAACAUUCUCUUUCAGAUAUUCCCUGUUAAGUAGCUGUCUCCAUUUCUCAAACCCACACAGAUCUAGACUCAUCUUUUUUUAUUAUUGUCAUUACAUUUGAGAAGUCUAAUAAAAUUUCCUUCUGUCAUCUA